AUGUAUAUUGGUGAUAAUGUUUCUAAUGAGCUAGAUGGAACCAAAUCGAUGACACCAAGUGCUAAGCCAGCUGAGCUCAACAACCCAAUGUUAAGCAAGAGGUCUGUGCUUGCUAGAGGCGGUGCUAAAAAAGGAAAUGAUAUUGUUACUCACCAGAGCAGUAAGAUUCAUGUUGUUUGUGAAUUUCCUAAUGUGUUUCCCAAUGAAUUAUCGGGAUUACCACCAGAUUGGGAGGUUGAGUUUGCAAUUGAAGUGUUUCCAAGUAAAGUUCUGGUGUCCAUGUCCCCUUAUCGUAUGGCAGCAACAAAGGUGAAAGAAUUGAAGGUGCAAUUGCAAGAUUUACUGGAUCGUGGCUUUAUGCAUCCUACUAUAUUGCCUUGGGGAGCUCUAAUGUUAUUCGUCAAAAAGAAAAAUAGUGCAAUGGGACUCUGUAUAGAUUAUCAAUUGAAUAAGUUAACGAUUAAGAAUUAG